AUGGCCACAGAUCCGACGUCUCCUCCACAGUCCGAUGGUCAAUCAGAGGCGACUUCCAAGAGGAGUAGAACAACGACACGGCUGAGAACAUUGACAUUAAGAACCGUGGAUCAGCCUAGACCGGCUGUUUAUGUGGAUCCCGCUACCGGGAGAGCAUCCGGACCGAUGCGUGAAAAGUUCCACAGCUACCUAGGCGUAGUGGCGCGAGAAAAGGUUCCCAUUAUCCACAAUAAUUGGAAAGACGUACCUGAAACGCUAAAGGAGAUUGUGUGGAAUGACAUUCUAGCAAAGUUUGAUAUCGCAGAAGCUACGAAGGUGAAGACGAAGGUUAUGUCAACAGUAGCGACGAGAUGGCGGCAAUUUAAGUCCACAUUGACUAGCAAAUUUGUGUUUGCUAAGACUGAAGGUCAACAAACACAGGAUGUUGUGACAAAAUAUGGACUAGAUCCUGAAGCGUGGAAACAAUUUGAAGAAACCCGCCUGACACCUAACUGGGAGGGUAUUAGGAAACGAGCACAAUCAAUUCAAAAACACAACGACUGCCCUCACGUACUUUCACGUGGGGGAUAUGAUUUGCUUGAGAAGAAAUUGUUAGACCAGAAACGAAAAAGGAUACAAGAGGAAGCAUUGUUGAGUGAAAAUCCAGCAAGUGUUGAUGAACCCCCAUCCCCAAUAAAAAGGCAUGUUAAGUGGAAGGUUGCUCGGACCAGGGCUGUUGGCAAUAUGACAUCUGACUCUGCACAGGAAAUUGCAGAUAAAAUAGUAAGUUCACCAAUAUGUUGCAAUGACUCCUUAGAAGAGCAGGUAACGCAGGGUUCGUUUGUACCCCAUGGUUGGCAAGACAUACUGAACACUGCCAUUGGACGACCUGACCAUGGGGGUCGCGUUCGGGCAGCAGGCUCAGGUGUCACUAUUACUCAGUACUACGGAAGGGCAUCAAGGACAUGCAGCAGCUCGUCCACGUCCAUCAGCCAACAACAACUAGAUGAAGUUGUUGCAAGGCUUAGGGAAGACAUGACUGGCCAGAUUAGGGAAGAAUUGAGGACUCAAAUUAAGGAAGAAUUGAGGACUCAGCUAGAAGAGGAAAAUAAAAGGAGCUUGGAAAUAAUGACCAAUGCAUUGAAAGAGGCUAUUAAAAAAGAGUUGUCAAAUAAAGGAUCCCAAGAGGCACUCCAAAUUCAGCCGGACAUACAACAACUAGGUGCGCGUGCCAGCACACAGGGAAGUAAUGCUGUUACCAAUGCGCAGGCUUCACAAGAACAUGAUGCUGAUGCCAUACCAUUGAUGGGACUGUUUGUGCAGCGUAACGAUGGUACACAAAGGUUGGUGGCCAUGGGGAAAAUAAUGGAGGGGGAUUCAAUCAUACACACAGUGGCAUAUGCAGAUGAUGUUGUCAGGGUAAGUGUAGAAACAGUUAUUGAUCCUGAGGCUGAGGUCCCCUAUGCCACCUCAGAAAUACAAUAUGUGAAGCAGGCCGUCAAUACAUUUGUAGCUUGGCCCACACACCUUGUGAAAGCUGUAUUAGAUGAGCAUCCACAACGUAUUCCACACAACGAGGAUGCACAUGUGCCGAAGCCGGCUAAUGUGAACGCAGAUGAUCCGUUGCGUGAAUUGAUGAAGUACAGUUUCGAUCUUUACGACAAGCCACUUCAAAUCAGCUUUGAUGGGAGCUUUCUUGGAAUUGUAGAUGCAUCUACAUCGAUAUUCAUCACAUAUUCAGAUGUUAUUGAAAUAAUAGCAGGAGACAAAAGUCUGAACAUAUCUGUCAUACAAUUAUGGUUAAUGUAA